GCGGGGUUAAGGCCGCGGUGCGUAGCUGUUGCUUUAAGUGGAACUGCCCCCGACGGCCAAGACUAAGCACUAAAGUUUGACUUUGAAAAACUCAGUGGAGCAUGGGCUUGUGUUUUCCUUUUGCGGUUAUUAUCACAAGCUGAUAAAGCCACAAGUGCGUGUUCCGCGUGUUAAAUAUCUGCUCUCGACGUGGGCCAUUUCCAGAGAGCAGGAUUUGAAAUCCUUCCCUCAGUAUUCUUGAUGGAGUCCUAUGAAGUCAGUGGCCUUCCAAAUACUGGACUACAGUCGAGCUACACUCACCCUGCACGGGCACCAGGCCAAAAUAACAGCAGCUAUGGCCUCAGUAUCAGGGUCCAAGGCAUAGAUGGACACCCAUAUGUUGUUCUGAAUAAUCAAGACAGAAGGUUCAACCCUUAUGCAGCCCCCAGCAACAAUAAUGGAUACAAUGAGUCUGAAGGGUCCUUUAUUGAUAACUAUCAGGAAUAUGACUUCAGAGUAACCAGUGAAAAUCUCUCUGAUAACCCCUUUGCAGAAUUCCGAGCCCAGCAUCAGGUUCCACAUGUCAACGCUCACAAUGAUCUCCCUGAAUCCAGAGACGCUCAGGCAAAGAAGCCGUCCACUCUGCUAAACUUCCAGAAACAUCCUGAGAUCCUCAAGCCCUAUGACCCAGAGCGCAAUGCCCUUGGGAACUUCCACAGCAUUUCACCUCAGCCUCUUUCUGCUGCUGAGAGUAGAAAUACACAUCCAGGUUCUCUGCCAAGAACAGUCUCCCCAGGUUCCAAAUCAUCCAUUCUAGAACAACCCAAAAGCACAGAUCCACCAGCACAGGACACGAAAAAAAGGGCUCAGCCACAAGCCCUACCUCAAACAUUCCCAUCUAGAGUGCAGCCUCAAAAAGAUUUAUCUAAAGGCCAAGCUCAGACUCAAGCAAAACCUCAAGUCCAAGCACAAUCCUCAAUUAAAUCUCAAUCUCAGUCCCAAGUUCAGCCACUGUCUACUUUCCAGGUUCCCUCCCAGGUAUCCCAGCAUGCCCAGCGGCUUCCGGUUUCUCAGGUAUCUUCUACCACCAGUGUUCCCAGUGAGCAGUCCUCCUACAGGACUCCAAGCACAACAAGCAGCACAAACUCCAGUCUGGAGCGAAGUCACAGAGAGCCAGACAUACUUCCCUUACGAAGAACCGACUCCAGCGGCCCUGUGCUCCAGUCAUCACGCUCGCGUAAUUCCUCCAUAUCCUCUACCACUACUGCCAAGGAAGAGGUGUUUGAGGCACUAUAUGGGGACAGCAUUAAUCGCCAUGAGAACCGUCGCUAUAUCCCUUUCCUGCCUGGAACAGGCCGAGACAUUGACACAGGCUCCAUCCCAGGCGUAGGUGAGCUCAUCAGUAAGUUUGAUGGAAAAGAAGGCCAACAGAGGCAAGGACGCACUGGUCGGAGGAACCGUAUCAACCUAGAAGAUCGCAAACGUUCCCGUAGCGUGGACAGUGCCUUGCCUUUUGGCCUGAAGGGAGACUCAGAGUACGUGGACGAGGUGAGCCGUAACCGAGGAAGUUCCAGCGAGCAUGUGCUCAGGCCCUCACAACUUCUGAAUAAGUCUCCCUUUUCCACUGUUGGACGGAGGACAACCUACAGAAAUGUGGCACGGAUCAGCAGUGAACCAGGCUCUCCACAAGGAGCAAUGCCAAGUGUUGCAGAUUCCAUCCUAGGCUUUAAGAAACCACCGAGUCGUCCCUCCAUUCUGCCUGCAGAGAACAAGGGAACAGAGGCCAAGAAAAUAACACAAAGCACUAAGACCGUGACCAGUGUGGCUACAACGUCUUUGUCUAGAGCUGUUCCAAACUACAAUAAGAAGACAAAUGAAAUGGUUGCUGAGACAACACCUGAUCUUCUGAAAGGCCAACAAGAGCUGUCACAACAAACGCAUGAAGAGACUGCUAAGCAGAUCUUAUUUAAUUACCUCAAAGAUGGGAGCAGUGACAGUGAUGACACCACCAAGAGGAAGGUCAACCUGGUGUUUGAAAAAAUCCAGACACUGAAGUCACGGGCCACAGGAAGCGCGCAAGGGGACAACAAAUCUCCAGACCUUUCAGCCCAGGCCAAAGCCCUCCAGGAGCAGAAAGCGGAACUGGAAAAAGAGGUCGGAAGUCUCAAAAAACAACUGGAGGAUGAAAACAAGAAACAAAAGGGGUUGAGUGAGAUGCAGGAAAAGGCUGGAGCCGGUGUCAAGAAACUGCAAAAAGAGCUGGAAUUGAAUCAAGCUGAAUGCGACAAACUGCAGGACAACCUAGCCAAAGCGGAGGCUGAUCUACGCACCACGCUGGAAGAGCUUUUCCAAGUGAAGAUGGAGAGAGAACAGUAUCAGACAGAGAUCCGGGACCUGCAGGACCAGCUCUCAGAGAUGCAUGAUGAGCUAGACGGAGCCAAAUGCUUGCAAUCAGACAGUGCAGAGAAAGAGUCCAUGAUGGAGGACCUCAUGCAGUUGAAGUUGGAUCUACAGGAAGCGGUGAUGGUGAAAGAGGAACAAGAGGACCUGCUGAGGAGGCGCGAGAGGGAGCUGACCGCUCUAAAGGGGGUGCUGAAGGAUGAGGUGUCCACUCAUGACCAGGAGGUGGAUAAACUAAAGGAGCAAUAUGAAAAAGAGCUCCGUAAACUGCAGGCAACUUUGGAGGAAGUUAAGCAGAGUAAUGUAGCGGUGUCUAAAGAGAAGUCAGAGGUGGAGGCAGCGAAGGGGGCGGCAGUGGGUCAGGCAGGUCGGCUCUCUCAGGAGGUCGAGCGGCUGAGGAGGAGAGUGCAAGAGCUGGAGAACGAGGUGGCCAAACUCAACCGCAUCAUCGACGAGGCCAAGCUGCAGGAGAGCAAGCUAGAGGAGAAAGCCAGACGUCUGGAGAAAGAGAAGAGGCAAGUCGAGGAGUCUUUCAACGAGGUCAAGGAAGAAGAACAAGAAAUGAGCCGUGUAAAUCGAGCUCUGACCGUACGCUUGGAAGACGUGCAGAGAAACUUGACCAAACUGACCCAGGAGCACAGAGACCUGGAGGAACGUCUGAAGGAGGAAAGGAUUCAGAAGGAGCAGUUUAAAAACACGAAGAACGAGAUUGAGGAGGAGCGGAGACUGCUAGACAGGACUGUGGAAAAGCUGCAGAGGGAGAUGUGUGAGAUCGUGGAGGCAUCUCAGAGCUCCACGCAGGAGUUGCAGGAGCAGAUCGACACCUACAAAGAGAAGAACAGGAGGGAGCUGGCUGAGCUCCAGAGGCAGCUGCGAGACGGCAGUCUGGAGCUGGAGAAAUCUCGCAUCACUGCCAAGUCUCUGCAGGAGGAGGUGGGACAGUUGGAAGAAGACCUGCAGCUUUGUAAGAGAGAGAGAGAUGAGGCAGAAGAGCGAGCGACAGCUUUGCAACAGAAGGUCUUUGAGCUGGAAGUGGAUGCAGACACCAAAGUGCAGAGUAACGACAAAGCCAGACAAAUCAAACUGUUAGAGGAGCAGAUAUCUCGUCUGGAGAUGGAACUGGAUGAGGAAAGACAGAAUGGGGACCUGCUGAUGGACAGAAUUGAUCGAACUAGAGAACAGAUGGAGCAUUUGAGGAGUGAGCUGCUGCAAGAGAGAGCCAGCAAACAAGACUUGGAGUGUGAUAAGCUUGCCUUGGACAGACAGAAUAAGGACCUGAAGAGCAGAAUAUCUCAUCUGGAGAGCUCACAGAAGUCUACUAAAGAGGGGCUAGUGGCUCAGCUAGAGAGCCGUAUCCAGGAACUGGAGGAGAGACUGGAAGCAGAAGAAAGGGACCGUGCAAACCUGCAGCUGGUGAACCGUAGGUUGGAGCGUAAAGUGAAGGAGAUGGUGAUGCAGAUGGAUGACGAGCAGCAUUCGCUACAGGAUCAGAAGGACCAGCUGAACCUGCGUCUGAAGGCUCUGAAGAGGCAGAUGGAUGAGGCAGAAGAGGAGAUCGACCGACUGGAGCACAGCAAGAAGAAACUACAGAGGGACCUGGAGGAGCAGCAGGAGGCCAACGAGCAGCUCCAGAAUCAGCUCAAAGCAUUACGCAAUGAGAUGAGACGAAAGAGCAGCUCGGCUCCCCUCAUUAACAACAUGGAUGAGGAUGAAGAUGAUGAUGAUGAUGACAUCAGCACUGACGGAGAGACCUACUUCAGCUCGUCGUCAGGGUAUAAACGCUCCAGCAGCCAGGACGCUAUCAUCAACACAUUCUCUCUCUGAGUGAGGACUGAGAAGGUUUAUUCUACAGCUCCUGUGUUUUUAAUGUAAUGUAAUGUAAUGUAAUGUAAGUGCAUUUAUACCAUAUCAAACUACAUCCUUUUGAAGCUGUGCCUAUUAAAUCAACUAUGUUAAAGUCAAAUGUUGGAUGAUGAUGAUGAUGAUGAUGAUGAGAAGGAUGAUUUAAAGUGUGAAAUUCUGUAAUUUAUUAAUCAGUGGGAAUAUGAAGCAAUGAAAUAUUGAAGGAAAUUGAAAUACCACUGAACUUUUAAAUCUACAUGGGGGUUAUAUUACUCUUUUUAUACAUAUAUCAAGUGUAUCCAACAGACAGGUCCUUGUUCUUAUACAACAAUUUUUUUUUUUUUUUUUUUUUUAUAAAACAGUUUUAAUGUUACUUCUCUCUCUGAAUGGAAAUGUCUUAUGCUGCUCUGCCUCUUUUGUCCUUUUUUUUUUGCUUUGUUUCUUAUUAAUUUCCCCUUUAACCUCUGAUCUCCAGUGCACACUCAUGAAAAGUGUAAAAUAAUAAAAGCCCAUGAUGUGAACUGAGGUUUCAACACAUCGUGUUAUGAAGUGGGAACCAGGUUUGUUCCUGAGGCUAAAAAAAAACAGUGUUAUGACUGUAAUAUAAACAUCUCAACUCAUAUCUCACAUGUUGUUUUUCAUAUUCGACUCCUUUUGUAUUUAUCUGUAUCUAUGGGAGCUUAAAAUCCACAUUUGUGUUAAAGCAGAGGAUAUGUUUAGUGAUUUAUUUGUUUGAAUCAUUUAUCAAGUCAGUUCAAACAGCUGAUACGAUAGUCCCCUUCUCAGUCAAGUUAGUUGUGCGUGUGCGUGCGUGUGUGUGUGGGUGGGUGGGUGUAUGUGUGAUAAAUAUGAAACUAUGGAGUGGUUGUACAUUAUGAAGCACAAUAUCCACCUCUUAUUCAUAAGCAAGAACAGAGAGAAAGAGAAACAAACAGAAAGCCUCAGAUUGAUAGCUCAGGUGUGCAGCUGGGAACAAUGCUGUUAUGUUUGGAACAGUGAAGGAAUGUCAGAGACUCAGAAUAGUUUUAAUCUUCAUGAGUAAUCACUGUGAUUUAUUAAUUUAGCCUAGAGCUCCACUAGUUUAUUCAGCUUCUUAGGUCUUUGUGGGGUGAGUAGGUGUUGGAAUAGAGAAAACACAACCCUCAGUAUUGCUGUGGCCAUGUAGGACUGGAGUCUGACACUCCCGGUUUAAACAAUGAUGGACUGGAAUGAACUUGAACAAACUUUAUCCCUGAGCAGUAUAAAUUCUUCUGUUUGAUCUGGCUUGACUGUGGUCCACUAUACAUAUCUACUGCUAAAGCACUAACGUGAUUUAUUAUGGGAGUCAUCCUUUGUCAGUUUUAGUACAUAUUUCUGUGUUGACAAUCAGCGUUGUUUUUUUUUUUUUUUGCAAUACACUGAUUAUUUGCACUGUACAUUGUAUCAAGCCGUUUAUUUUUUACUUCUGAGGCCUAAAGGAACAUUCUGUGUAAAAUCCCUAAUUUGUGAUUCCUCUGUGUGAAGGAAUUUGCCCAGCACUCUAUACAUUUCACUCUGUAGUUGAGUUGAGUAACUCACACCUUGCUUUUUUUGACUCUGUAAGGCAUUGCUUUACAUAAAGCCAGUUAGGUAUGGGGCCAGUAUUUCAUUCUUGCUCAUCUAUUAGAGUGUGAUAAAUGCUGGCCACAUUCCUCCACAUUAAGAAUUCAAGGAAUCACAUCUUAUGUAAUAGAUUUUGUUUGAAUUGUACCAUCUAUGAUGAUUGUUUAAUGGAACAAAAUACUGUUAGUCUUAAUGGGGAGGAAAACAGAAUGAAUCCUGCCACUACCUCUAUGUAUGCAUUUAUAAUUUGUAGACUAAAAGCAGGAAAAAGGAAAUAAAUCUACAAAUAGUUAAUCACA